AUGAAGUCUGUCAUUGCAAUCCUUGCUGUGGCGCUCACCGUCUCCGGUGUGAUGGCUGCCCCGACCGCGUGCCCAAAGAAGGAGACCCCAGUGGCAACAUACGGGGAAUAUGAGCAUGUGCCCUUGCCUGAACACUAUGGCAAGUACGACUCCUAUGGGAAAUACAAGGAUGCACCAUUGCCCGAGCAUUUCGGGAAAUACUCGACAUACGGACACUACGAGCGCGAUGCCGAGGCUGCGAAGGAGUAA